GUCGCGCCCGACGUCGACACCGGUUCUGACGCGGCCACCACCACCGCCUACAGUCACGAGCCGGGCGAGCAGCGCGCCGUGUCGGGGGCGUGCUACGGCGGCAGCGAGGUGCUGCUCGUGGUGGCCGCUACCUGCGCCGUCAACCUCACCUUCAUGCUCGCCGUGCUGGCCAUCGUCCUCGCCUGCAACAGGCACUCCAAGCCAGACCCCGACUGGAACGCCGCCAGGGGCAGCCCGCCGCCGGUGGUGGUGAAGGGCGGCGGCGAGCGCGCGGGCGACCGCAGCUGUUCGUACAGCAGCGUGCAGCAGUACGUGGACUCGCUGCCCGUGGAGCUGGACGCGCCCGGCUCGCUGCUCAGCCUGCACUCGCUGGGCCGCGACCGCGCCGCCUCCGCCGCGCCCUCCGCCCACAGCGGCAGCCCCCGCACCGCCGCCGCCUCCGCCGGGGGGCCCGCCGCCAGCUUCUCCAUGGAGGACCUGCUCUUCCUCGACUGAGCUGCUUCUGCCGUCCGCCGCUGCCGCUGCCACUGCUGCUGCCGCCACCGCCGCUCCUCCCUCUCCACUUUGCUUUGCCACCAUAUUCGCUACCACUGGUUCCCUGUUGUACCAUUUUCCGCUCGUGUACGAAGUACUUGUUCCUGUUUACUGCGUCUCCUUUUCUCUUAGUUCACGUAAUUUAGCGUGCACGGAAGAAGAAUAAAUGCUGAAAGCGAUUUUUCUUUCGGAAAGCUUACAGAAUUUGUUUGCUCGAACAGUAAAUAUACCUUGAGAAUUCUGCUUUGAGCAAAAUACAGUAUUUGUUUUUCUUUCCAUACCUAUACACAUUUCGGUGGUAUUGCACCGUGCUCAGUGAGGAACUCUGUAUUUUACUUAAGAGAGCAUUUUGUUCACAUCCAGAUAAUUACUCUGCAGUUCACACUUACGUGUUUGGCAGAGGAUGCAUACAAACACUGACCGAAAAGUACAUUCGUCGACUUUACGGUCAACUAAUAAGCCUGGAAAAACUAAAGAAUCACAUACAUCGACAUGUCUACACCGUUCUAUUCCGUUCUGUUUCUUUCGUUACUGUACUGAAGUAGACAAACAGCGACAAGGCAACAUUAACAACAGGCCAUGUGAAAUCGGAAUUAAAACUCGAGCCUUUUCCAGUUUAUAGCGGAGUUGGUACAUCAACCAGUAUAUCGGUAUGAAGAAACAAGCAGUCUUGGUUACAGUGUUGAUUUUUUUAAUUAUUUCCCAAUGACGUGUUUCACCUUCAUUUAGGCAUCUCCAGAUUGGCCGAUAUUUGGCAGCAAUGGGUGGGAUGCCAUGCAUAAAAUAUCCCAGCAGGUAAAUGCCCAAGCCUUAAAAACACUGCACGACGUCCUUAUAACGGGUUGCGGUGCAGUCUAAUGCAAACUGAAAGGCGUCAGGCCUACAGUAAAGCUUUACAUCGUAAACAUGCCGGAGGUGCAGUUCAUAUUUUGGUCGCACACAUCAUACUUUUUUAAAACCAGUUUACAUCCAGUGUGAUGUGAGCAACCAGAAGAUGCUCUACACCGCCGGUGUUUUUAUAAUGUAAAAUUUUACUGUAGACCUUGUCGCAUUUUGUUUGCGUUGGAGUAGACCACAUGCCUUAAUAAGGACACCACGUAGUGUUUUCAAAGCUUGGGGAUUUACUUGCUGGGAUAUUUUAUGCGCAGUAGCCCACGUACUCAGCGCUACCAAAUGUCAGCCAAGCCGAAGAUGAAACCCAUCAUUGGGAAAUAAUAAAACAUUUAAACACUGCAACCAGGACGGCUUGUUUUUCCAUAUUAAAAAUUGAGGCUUCCAAUGUAAACACAAUCUUUCUCGUCAGCGGAUGACUGUACGCUGGGAGCGCUGUCUUUUUUUUACAGUGGAGCUGAAGUUUGUGACUGGUUUUGUGAUGUCGCUUACAGUUCUAACUUCUGUUGGCGGUGACGUAGGCCCGAGGGUGGGAUUUCCAUGCACAAAUACCGAAAAUCAGUAAUGCGGCGCUAAGCUGCUCCUUCCUCCACCUAAUCCGUUUGAGGGGCCGACGUAAGAGACUACCCCUAGCAGCAUCUCUCGCAAUGAGAGAUGGUUUUUGAUUGUUCGUACUAAUAAAUCUGAUCUGACGCGGUAUAAACAGCGAUAAGAUUUGACACAAAGAUGCCGCCCUGAAAAUCUUCGAUGCCGUAACAAAAUAUACCGUUAAGUAAAAUGAAGGAUGUUGAAAUAUCAUCGAAGGACGCAGGAGCAUACUCAGCAUAUGAGUCUAGGGAGGGGGGGGUGUGGCAGUAACAGUUCGUUUUCGUUUUGUUCUGAACGACAAAAUAGUUUUGAAAUUGCGUGUCAGAUGCCUCUAGCUACACUAACUAUUAGUAUUCAUUAACUUUUUUCUUCGAACAUACUGAAUUUAUCUGCCCAUGUUGUUUGGUGGGACAGGAUUCGAGUUCGGUUUCAGAAAGCAUUUUUGUAGGGUCAGGGAGAAGGGACAGGUGCCCUUCCUGCUCGUCACUGGGUACUUUCUUGUAUGGAUGAAUAGAGAAAAUCAAGAAAUCAUGUUUUGAUCAAGGCAGAAAUCUCAACAACGAAAAAGUUUUGAGAAUGAAUCCGAUUACUUCGUAGUGUAUCUGGAAAUGCCCUUUUGGUAGUUACUCUUAAGGACUUCUCUAACAGUGCCCCCCUGCUGCCUGAGGACUGCAAGUAGCAUACCACUCACCUGCAGUGUUUGCUGAGCGAGCACCUCGACAACUACAGCGUACGCUUCCUGCUAUACAUUCGCAAUAGUUGCUGCACGACCCCGAAAAAAAUUCGACGUUCCCGCGCCUGUCAAGGUGUUUGCCUAUCCAGCGGUAUUGCCGUCACUACUGCGAUUAAAGAUGGCUGCCUUUCACUUGACAGAUACCACACACCGUCUGUAAGAAGACUGUCGGCGACAUGACAGAGUAACUGAAUCAAUAGAAAUCGAUGUAAACAGACUGAUAUGUAAUGUUUUGCAGUCGCUACCAACUUCAGCCAGCAAAGAACAGUGUUCACUACAUACAGCAUCUCAAUGAAUAAGAGUUUUUCUUUCCCAGUCACACAAAUUAUUCAGUCAGCAAGACUCUGCGGGCGCUUCUCCUUUCAUAGACGUAGGUGGCCUAAACACUGUGUUACCUGCUAACCUAACGCUGGCAACUAGCAAAAAAAAACUAAAACCGGUCGAUCUCAUUAGCUUUUCAUAGAUUCGCCUACUCCUAUCAGCCACCUCGACGAGAAUUUCCGUAGAGUAUGCGUAUACUAGCUGCACGUACUCCUGUUGACUCCACCCUUAUUAGUCGAGAAGUGCCUAACGUGAACGCCGAAGCAGAAACAUCAUAGAUCAGGCACUGAGAACAUUGCAGACGUUCAUUAUGCAGUACCUUGUAUCGCAAACAUCAGGCGUUAACUUAUCAGCGUUUGUUUUUUAAUUUCAGUUAAGGACUUAAUCUUGUGGACAUUUUUCUUGUAUUAUCAAACUUACUUUAUUACUACUUUUGACAGGUCACAGUACAGUGGCAGAGUUAAGUAACUGAAAUAACUACUUUUCUGGUACUAGUCACAGUUUAUUUUAUUUUCACUUCGCAUUUCAGAAAUUGAAUCCUCUCUCAUCAGGUCGAUUCAUGUGAGUUAAUACGACAUCUUUUUGUUGUGUUUAAAUUCAACCGACGAUAGGUGUUUGGACAUCUGAAGCGCGUAGUGGAAAUAAAUUGUCACUGGUAACGUAAACCUUUUUCAAUCGCUUUUAAUAACACCAACGUUAAAGCCUAAAAUAUAUGCAUUUAAAAAUACAAAGAUACGUUUGAUAAUAUUUCUUUAUCUUAAGGCCUAAAGCUGGUAACUGACAGGAGCUGGACACACACGUCGGAAGACAGAUCACUUAGGCUGUAUGGAAUGAAACAGCUGUGUCAUGAAGAUAACUAUACAUUCUUAGUGUCGUGGUGCAGUGCGGAGCUGCUAAAAUUGUCCUAGAAACGAAUACAAGAAGGCUCUCUGUAGGCCGACAGUAACAAUUACCACCACCACCGACGACGACGACGACGACGACGACGACGAUUGUGAUCACAAUUCCCAUCAAAAUAGUUAUUUCGCGAGGAUUUCAUAUUGACUUCGAUAUUCUGUGCAAAAUCCAGUUAUGUAGAGGAAACUAGGUUACGAUAUGGGAACAAGGAACUAAAGGUAAUUCUCCCCUUGUUCUGUAUGUAUGAUAACAAGACAGAGUUUCAGUGUUUGAACAGGAUGAUUCAAAAUUGCAAUCUGAAUACUGAUAGAUCAGUUGAGUCGCGGAUAUGCGCUGUUGUGAACUUGCAUGAAGUAGGAGUUACUAACUUUACAGCUCUGAAGAGCUCUCGGAAGCUACCUUAUUAAUGCAUAUAGAAAAGUAUCUAGGUAGAAGACAGCAUUGUUUCGGAUAUAGCGUGGUCUGUAAAUUUUGAAACGUGAUGUUUAUUUCCUUGGGAAGCUUAAACUGCUCAUACAGAAAAUACGGGCAGGGUUAACGAGCAGGGCCCAUUAGUAAACUGAGAAACAUAUUAUAUAAAAGCAGUAAUUGCAUUAGCUAACUUCUCAUCGGUUCUUGGCAGAAUAUUUUAUACGUUCUGAAUGAAAAAGAAAUGAACGAGAAUGGUGUAAUAUUCUACAAUAUUUAUUAUUUUCAAACCGAAUUUUGGUGGUUACAUCAUCGUCAAAUACAAGGAUAAAUAUGUGUGUAUGUGAAAUUUUUAUGGCAUCAAACAUUUUAUAACAGUAAUGAACUACAGACUAUCUCAGUUGGCUCCAAAGAUGACAGUUGUUAAUUUUUGGUUAAAGCGAGAGGGAUGCUUUCAGUAAAAAUGGGAUGUAAACUAUUUAGGUUAGAUAAAAUAUGCGACACAUUAAAUGCUGAACCAUAUGAUAAAUUACAACAAUUGCUCUAAGAGGAAAAAGUAAAUGAACAAUAAAUAUAGUAAAAGUUAGAGACAUGUUCCAACGGGAUGACUGAAUAGGAUAAUCUCGUCCUUAAAACCUCCAGUAUUACAAACAGGGACAGCAUAACAUGUGAGAUUAAACGUGCAAAUGAAGCAACAGCAAUUAUACAAAGUAAAAUAUUUUUAACACUGCAAGUGAAACUCUAGCAACUGAAAUGAAGGGAAAAAAUGAGGAAACUGAGUGGAAGGAGUAAAUUAAAAAGUGGUCUGGAUGAGAUUGUUAGUAGUAUCUCCAGUUAAAAGUGUCUAGUAACGGAAUUACGUCUGAUGAUUGGUUCUAUGCAUGGACAAGAUGACAUAUGGUCGUUAAUUUCCAUUAUUGCAGGUUGUUAAUCUUCCUUUCUUUGUCGAUUUUAUGUAAGACUUCUUGUUAUAGCUGGUAACUGUGGCCUUCUCGAAGCACGCAGUCUGUAACAGUAGUCUCUUCCUUCCCUAAUUCUCCAUUUUCCAUGGUGUUCCUUCAAGCGGGUGGAUAUUGCCCCACCAGACUAACCUCGAUACAAUUUGCCACGAUUAUCAAUGGUUUUGUAUAUACCAUUCUUUUCCAAAGCCGAAGCGCUCUUUGUACCAUUUGGCAAAAAAAUGUGUGCACGUAAAAUAAUGUUCUGUGGUUCCUGGAUUUAAGCUUUUCGGCCAGUUGAAGAGAGACUGUUCGUAAAUAUGGAAUGAUGCACCAUUUAGUAAGGUUUUGAGGUGUUGGGUCAAGUAGAUGGUAAUGAAGAGAAAACACUUCUUGUUUUUGUUUUUUCUGUAUUAUGGAGUUUGCUAAGGCAGGAGUGUAGCCAUUAUUUAAUGGUAUUGUUUCUUUGUGUAACUCAGUUUGUAAGUUGUCUUCACUCCUAGCGAUGGAUAUUAGGCGAUGUAUCAUUGGAUGAAGGGUAGCGUGUUGGUGGAUCACUGGGUGUUGAGAAUUGACAGGUAUAUGUCAGUGGUGGUAGUCUUUCUGUAAUUUUUGAAAGUAUGAACGUGAUCACUGAUGUCUGUGUACAAGAUUAUUUGCACCCGAUCGUCUCCACACUGUGGGCGUCUAUGAAAUCACGUGCGGCUGCAGCAAAGUGCAUAUAGACGAAACUGGAAGGGCUAUUACAGGACAUAUUAAGGGACACGAGUGCCACACGCAGCUGAAAUAAAAUAUGAAAUCGGCGGUAGCGGGACACCGCGAGAACUGUGGCCUUGACAUUGAUAACAAUAAAGUACAUGUGCUGAAUAAGGAAACCAAAAAAUAUAGAAGAAAAGUCCGAGAAGCAAUUGAACUUUCGAGAAACACAUGUAUCUUCAAUAGAGAGGACGGCUACUGUCUUCAGACAUCGUGGUUCCCCGCCAUCCGGGAUGUGAAUACGCGGCCGCGCCAUGCGAGCAAUAGAAACAACGCCCUGGAAUCCACCUCUGCAGACAAUAAUAUUUUGGAUAAACAUUUCCCCUCUCAUGCUCUACCGAAUGAUAUGGGCCCACCAACAGCAACAGGAGUUUUAACCAAUAACUCUUCUUCAGCAUACGGGAAAAAUCCUAUUUUAACAAGUGACGUUGGCCCUCCAAUGGCAGCCACAAAAGUUAUACCCAACAGCCUCCUUUCGGCAUUAGCACGGGAAAACUUCUCUUACUAUCCAAUGACGCUGGCCCACCGGCGGUAGCCCAAGGCUUUUACCCAAUAAUCCCACUUCUCCAGCACAAGCGCGGGGAAACUUCACUUUGUAAGAGGAGAUGACCCUGGUCUCUGACAGUGCUGAAUGUGCAGGGGACGAAGAUUCCAAGAAAGGGUUAGAAACGCCGAUUGUUUGAAGAAAUAUGAUGCAGCCUAACAACCCAGAAGAUUUUAAGUUCAACGUUAUCUUGUUCGUGUAUCCCCACGAAACGAGUCACGACAUUGUGCACUAUGUUGUUCAUUUUCCCCUAGAACAAUUGUUGUAAAUUGUCAUUUAGUUCAAUAUUAAAUGUCACAUAAUUCAUCUAACCUUAUAUUUUAAAUCGCGUUUUUAACGAAAUAAUUGCUCCUGUAUUAGUCAAAAACUAUCGAUUGUCAUGCAUGAAACCAAAUGAGAUACAGACACAGAGCAGACAAUGAGCUCUGACCUAGUGUGUUCUACAGGAGCCCUUGGUAUGGGCAAUGUUUCGAGUGCUGGUCAUCGGGUUCUCUUGACGCCGUCUUCAAACGCGAGAGUGCAGCGCGUCCGUGGAGCACUGCAGUCAGCAAUUACUCGUAGUUGCGAGCGCACCAGCGAUCUUCAAACUUUCUUCAUAUCCGAAUGGUACACUUCCGGAUCCGGGUCCCUCAUACAAAUUUAAUCUACUAAGCACCUCCCAUAACUCCUAGAAGUCUGUGAUGUGAAACACCCUGUGUAAGAAACAUUACUGGCAGGAAUCACACCACUAUAAAUCCACCAAUGAUCGCUUCAGAUCCAACAUAACAUUAUUAACUGGUGGAUCACCAAGCUCUGAUAUACUAAAAGGAGGAGAUAGGAACAGACCUUCUUAUGUUGUUGACUGUCGCACCCUCUUUAAAGGUAUUCGUUUACAUAGCAGAUUCGCAGGUACCUUACACGCGGAAAAGAAUCUACAAGAAUCGCUCAAUUUGCUACCUCAGACGCUCGCAGCCAGUCUAUGUGGAAAGGUGUACUAACCAAACAGGACGACGUUUGUCCACUCCGUCUUCAAAAUUCCCAUGUAAGUGACCUUAUCUCAUGUCUCUCCUUAAACAGCUUGUGAUACACGCACGUAGAACUAAGAAAAGAAAUAUAAAUGCAACUAUACAGAGGAGAAAGUGACCAUCGUCCAGUGGUUACCUGCUGUUAAUCUCUCACAGCCACGCGCCCUGAUUCGAGAAAACAUGUGUGGUGUAUGUUCUCUCCAUCAACACAAGAGAGAAGAAAAAACGCUUCUUGUUCUCUCUCCGCUGUUUGUGGGACAAUUUACAAAAAUGAAUGGAAUUUAGUUGAAGAUGUUCACUUGAAUCCAAGAUUUUGUAUAUUACUUUUCCUUGAACAGAGACCUAACACCUGGUUUCUGCUUGCAUUGAAGUAGUGCGGUGACGUGCUCAGUUUUAUUUACACCCCUCUGCUUACCAGUGGAAAGCUUGAUUCGCUUUUCUGCUAGAGUCCAAUACAAAAGUAUGUAAGACCAGGCAUUCCGCCUAGGUUGUGUGCUAACAUUGUUUCAUGUACUGUAAUGACAUUCGCAGUGCGUUGGCGUAAAUAAUGUCUAAAGAUACGGUAGUUAAUUCAUUAGUAUUUAAAAGCUAAUUAUACAGGCUGGUUAAGCAACUGGACUGUUUACCAGGAGAUGCUGCAUAUACCUUUUGUACUAGUUUUUACAGUAAACUGAAUGAAAUAUUAUUUUCUCAGAAGGACAUCUUGUGUUGUGAAGGACAGUGAAUCCGUUUCAGAACUGAAUAGUUUUGUCUUGCAAAUAGAGCUACGGUAUCCACAGUUCAAUCCAGAGUUAAUUAAUAAUGAGUUCUUCACUGUUUUGAGGCAUUGUUUAAUGCUGAAAUUAAUUUUAUAGGUCUUAGAUGCCUUUGCCCUCUCAAUGAAGCCAUAAUGGAGAAGUUAGUAGAGAGAAGUCGUCACUUGUGGAAAUUAGGUGAAAAUGAUGAUAAAUUUUUGUAUGUAACGACAGAAAGAAGAACCUAGUACUGUUAUUUUUAUAUCCUACGCCCUGUGACUGUGAUAUUAAAUUAUAGUAAAUAAAAUGCUUGUUUUUGUGUACUGUUUAUCAUGAUAAUAUUGUAACUAAGGAACUAGUCUUAUUUUGUUCUUGUUGUGUAUAAUAAAUAUGGAAGACUCCUAUUUGAGGUCUACAUUAACUAGGAGCAUGCGUAAUAUUUUAUGUAUAGAAUGAAGGUACAAUAAUCUGUUACACAUAAACUCCUAUGUACUGGGUUGACUGUUAUAUCUAAACAUGAU